AUGAGUGAUGAGAUGUUACCAGAUUUUGUGGUUAAGAAGAUUCAUGGAAUUUCUAAAGAUUAUAUUGAUCAUGGAGAUGCCAUAUUUGUGUGUUCUAAAUGUGAUGCAAUGUUAUGGGAAGACGAAAUGCUUAGGGGAAAUCAAAAACGUAACAAAACAUCCUAUUCUCUUUGUUGUUCAAAUGGAGAUGUUGAGCUACCACGACCGCCUACACCUCCUCCAUUACUACGUCAUUUAUAUAAAAGUCGUACCUCACAGUCUCGCAAUUUCAUGGAUAAUAUUCGAGCAUAUAACAUGAUGUUUUCCUUCACAUCUCUUGGUGGGAAGGUUGACAAAAGUUAUCAGAGAGGUAAAGGUCCUUAUGUAUUUAGACUACAAUGUCAGAAUUAUCAUCGAAUGGGUUGUCUACUUCCGGACGAUGGGGAAGAACCUAAAUUCUCCCAACUUUACAUAUAUGAUUCACAAAACGAAGUUGUAAAUCGUCAAAAAGCAGUAAGUUCUCAGAUAGAAUGCAAAACUACAAGAAACAACCAGCUUGAUAGUACAACAAUAGAGGGUCUUAAAGAUAUGUUGGAUUCUUGCAAUCCUCUUGUCCAAUCCUUCAGAAUGGUAAGAGAUUGUUUUCAAGAAAAUGAGUUUCAAGAUGUAAGCUUGAAGCUUAUUGGAACAAGAGAUAAGGAUGGAAGAGUUCACAACUUGCCAACAACAUCAGAAAUUGCUGCUUUAAUACAUGGUGAUUUUGAUGGAGCAUUUGAUAAACGGGACAUUGUUGUUAGAAAGAAGUCUGGUGGUCUUCAAAGAAUUAAUGAGCUUCAUCCCUCUUACCUUGCUUUGCAAUAUCCACUUAUUUUCCCAUAUGCGGAAGAUGGUUAUAGAGUUGGUAUUAAACAUAGAGGGAUUGCGAUUGAAGAUGAGGUACUUAGAACCAAUCUUACAAUUAGAGAAUUCUUUUGUUACAAAAUUCAAGAUAGACAGAAUCAGUUUUCAUUGUUAGUUAAUGCGAAAAAACUAUUUCAGCAGUUUUUGGUUGAUGGAUACACGAUGAUAGAAUCUGCCAGGUUGAAUUAUAUAAGGACACAACAACCUAAACUUAGAGUGCAAAAUCUUAAGAAUUUGAAUGCUACUGUUGAAAGUGGAGAGAAUAAUGCCUCAAGUUGUGGUAAACCUAUACUUUUACCUUCAUCAUUUACUGGUGGUUCUAGAUAUAUGAUGCAAAAGUACUUGGAUGUUAUGGCAAUUUGCAAGUCUGUUGGAUAUCCCGAUUUAUUCAUAACGGUGACUUGUAAUCCAAACUGGCCUGAGAUUUACAGGUGUUUGCACGAUAAAGCUCUUAAUGCUGAAGACAGGCCGGAUAUUAUCUCUAGAAUAUUCAAGUGUAAAUUGGAUCAUCUUAUAAAAGAUUUCAAGAAACAUAAAUUCUUUGGUGAUAUACAAGCAGGUUCUAUCAAAUAUUUGUUUAAAUAUAUUAAUAAGGGGCCUGAUAGAGUCACUACUUCUGUUUUUCAAGCCAAUAGCACCAAGAAUAAUACGGAACAGAAUGUAGUUGUAGAUGAGAUAAAAGCAUACCUUGAUUGUAGAUAUAUCUCUGCUUGUGAAGCUGCUUGGAGAAUAUUCAUGUAUGAUAUACAUUAUAGAUAUCCAGCUGUUGAAGUAUUACCUUUUCAUUGUGAAGAUGGUCAGAGUAUUGGGUAUAACGAUCAUGAUAAUUUGUGUGAUAUUGUUACUGAUCCAACUGUGAAAAUGACAAUGUUUACAGAGUGGAUGAAUUGUAAUAAAGUUGAUGAAUUUUCCAGGACAUUGAGGUAUGUUCAGUUUUCGGGAUAUUAUGUAUGGAAUGCUAAAAAUCGCAAAUGGAAUCGAAGAAAGCAUCCGUAUGGAUCAAUUAGGAAGGGAAAUUAUGUCCCACCAUCACUUGGUGAUUGUUAUUACCUAAGGAUUUUACUGAAUCAUAUUAAGGGACCAACCUGUUUUGAAGAUAUAAAAACAGUUGAUGGGCAAGUUUUUCAAACAUUUAAAGAUGCAUGUUUUGCACGGGGGCUGUUGGAUGAUGAUAAAGAAUAUGUUAAUGUUGUCAAAGAAGCUAGCACAUGGUCAACCGGAGAUUUCUUGAGGACCUUUUUUGUAAUAAACGAAUUCCUGUUAUGUGAAGACAUUCUGUAUCAGCAACGAAAGAUAACUGGUAUUGCAGAUUUGGAUCUUCAACAGGAAGAACUUGAAAAUAUCUGUCUAUCUGAAAUUGAAAAGUUGCUACUUACCAAUGGAAGUACAGAAAAGAUAUAUAAAAUUGUUAUGGAAGCGAUUGAAAAAGGUGAUGGAGGUGUGUUUUUUGUAUAUGGUUAUGGUGGAACUGGAAAGACGUUUCUUUGGAAGACAUUCUUAGCUGCAUUACGAUCAAAAGGUGAAGUUGUAUUGAUUGUUGCAUCCAGUGGAAUUGUUUCACUUUUGCUGGAUGGUGUAGAACUGCUCAUUCAAGGUUUGUAA